AUGGCUUCCCCGUCGCCAACUUCUCCCCAAUCGGUUCACGACUUCACCGCGAAAGUACGUCCGAGAUAGGAUCUCGAACGCGUUUAAUGUCUUUUUCGGAUUCAGGGAUUCAAAGUCUUCGGCGUUUGAACGUUCUUCGGAACCAGUGGGAGAUCGAGUUCUUAAUGAGCGCUGAUACCGGUUACUCUUGUAAUCGGUGGUCCGUUCACCUGAGGAGACUUCGGCAUUCCUUUCAAAUCGUUUCAGUUAAAGUAGAUGUAUCUCGUGUAUUCAAGAGAUUGCUGGCUGUAUGCUGCCGCAGAUUUCUUGGGUCUCUAAUGAUCCCUAAAGAGUUUAAUCGAGCCGGACCCUAAUUACAUUAUCUCUCCAUUAGUUCUUAUUCUGAUUCUUGUGUCUCUUGUUUCGAAAUGCCAUCGGCUAUCAGUUUUUCUGAUGGGCUACUACUGAUUUCUCGGCUUUAAACGCAGGAUGCCAGGGGAAACGAAGUCGAUCUCAGCUCCUAUAAGGGGAAGGAACUACUGAUCAUCAACGUCGCAUCACAAUGGUAUCGUCACUUUCUGCUCGUCCUAUUUGGGGGGAAAAAAAGAAAAGAAAAAGAGUGUACGACUGAUGGUUUCUUCAAAGCAAACCUCAUGGAUUCAAAUUUUUGUUUUCUUAAAUCUGCUGCAGUGGAUUGACCCACUCCAACUACACAGAAAUGAGGCAGGUUUACGACAAGUACAAGAACAAAGGUACUGUGCUCUUGACUCUAGCCUGUUCGGUCAACGUCUAUCCGUUCCCAGUCACCGUCGUUCCUCAUGAAGGAUCAUCAGCAGGAUCAGUUUUGAGAGCAUGUUCCCCAAAAACUGGCACUUUUUUCACUUAAAAUCUGUCAUUUAUGCCCUUACAGACGAUUUUUCUGUUUAAGUUGGCUUCUAGUACAACAUGUGGAGCAUAUCUUCUUUGUCCAGCAGGUCUCGAGAUCCUGGCUUUCCCUUGCAAUCAGUUCGCGGCAGAAGAGCCGGGAUCCAACGAGCAGAUCCUGGAGUUCGCCUGCACGCGCUACAAGGCAGAUUACCCCGUAUUCUCCAAGGUGAUCAGAAAUACUGCCGGCUGGUUGUUCUUCAGCAUCGCCAAAAUUGGCUUCAUCUUCCCUCGUUUCUGACCUAACAUGUCUCCAAAAGUAUCCAUUUUGGGUGUCUGUGGGUUCCUUAAGAAGCGUGGCGAGCUACAGAUAGAAGCAUCGCCAUGUUGCAUGGUGAUAGCUCAAUGGCUGCUUUCUUCUGUCCGAUUCAUUUGUGUGAUCUCACCUCUGAGCAGAAGCCAUUCUCAUGAUGACUUCGGUGAUUUCAUCUUCUACGAUCUCGUCUGGUUGGUCCGUUGACCCUCAUAUGAUUCUCCUUCCUGAACUAGAUCGACGUGAAUGGGAAAAACGCCGCCCCACUCUACAAGUUCUUGAGAUCGAGCAAAGCCGGGCUAUCUGGAGGCGACAUCACGUGGAACUUCGCCAAGUUCUCGGUCGACAGAGAAGGGAACGUCGUGGGUCACUUCGCCCCUAACACAUCCCUUCUCAACAUUGAGGUAAAGGAAGCCUCUCUCUCUCUCUCUCUCUCUCUCUCUCUCUCUCUCUCUCGCUCAUACACACACACACACACACACACACACUCCAAUCUUGCGAUUUGUUGAACUGUUUUGUAAUGUUUCAUCGCAGAAGGACAUACUGAAGGUACUGGGCGAGCCCUGA